GACACCCACGAGGCAUUAGAUUGGCUGCGACGGCUGGUAGCGUUCACUGCGCUCGGUCGUGAGGUGAAACGGUGUAUCGUACGAAUGUCAGCCGUUUAAAAACAAGAGAGUGGGGGUGAAACGAAGUAACGAAAAGAGAAGGAAUAGCAAGAAGGACUUGUUGCCGUUGCUUACGACGAAGCGCAGCCUCCUUCCCUCACCUACGUGUGACGCAACUCGCUUCUUUUUUUCCUUGAAUCAUUUGUGCGAGAGGGAUGCUUAUUUCUUCGUCGCCGGAUACCUGGGAUAAGAGAGCGAAUUAACAUAAGCGGAGGACGAGAGAGCAGACAUCGCAGUCUUGGCCGGCGUGGGGGAAAGUCGAGACGCGAAAGAAACGCCUCGAGAGAAGAAGAAGGGACCGGAGGGGUACUCGGGGCUUUCCCCUCGUUGUAGUGCGGCAGAGACGGGCCUGCGACGACUUGGCCGAACGCUAAACCUGUUGCUGCUUUCGGAUUUCGUCGUCGACGUCGCCGCCGAUAUUCGCGCAAACAGUGCAGCAGUGAACACCGGUUGACCGGCAAGGAGGCCGCCGAUCCCGAGGCUCGGCAUUUUUUACGGCGCCGGACUCGUAACACCAGGUUGAAGAAUGCGGCUCUCCUACUGGAACGUGGCCGCUGCUCUGGCCUGCUUCCUGCUCCUGGUCAGCAUCGGUCAGGCACAGCGAAGAGGAAAUGGCGGCCGAGGUCGCGGCCAGGGCCGGAAUCGGGGCCAAAGCCAGCGCCAGCAGGCUGCGCCGGCGGCAGCCCCCGCGGCCAACAGGCCGGCGUCCGACUGCACGCUGUCAACGGGCGAGCCCGGGAUCUGCCAGCCCCUGAGCCACUGCGUAUUCCAGUUCAACGCCAUCGAUGACCUGGCGCUGUCCAAGUGCGGCGCCACGACCAAAGUUUGCUGCCCGCUAAACACGCCAGCUGCGACCGGAACACUGGAGUUCAGUCGCCCGGUGACGGUGACGGCGAGGAGGGUGUCCAUCCCCAAGAUCAGCAAGGACGACCUGGACAUCGCCGGCAGAGCCAGUCUCAGCAUCGUCCGCGGAAUUGAAGACGCCGAGAGGACCCUUCUCAAUGAUGGCAAGUUCGCGAAAAAACGAACAACAGCGUCGCUGCACGCCGCUUUCUUCGGGUCCAAGCCCAUCGUGCAGUCUCUUGGAAGGGACGGCCUCAUCGGACUGGAAGCCACCAGGGAACUGGCAAGAAAGUUCAACCUGGACUCGACGCAGGGCCGCGAUGGCCUGCAGCGCUUCAACAUCCAGAACACGGUGAUCUCGGACGCCUGUCCUCCCGUGCCGCGCUGCCCCUCGACCAAGUACCGGUCCCCCGACGGACGCUGCAACAACCUCCAGAACAGGGAGUGGGGCAAGUCCCUCACCGCCUUCGAGAGGUUCAUGCCGCCCAACUACGCCGACGGCCUGACCCUGCCCCGAGUGAGCUUGGACGGCAACCCGCUGCCCAACCCCCGCACCAUCUCGGUGGCCGCCGAUCCCGACGGAGACUUCCCCAACGAACGGAACACGCUGAUGCUCAUGCAGUUCGCUCAGUUCGUCGACCACGACCUCACGCUCACCGGAGUCACCAGAUUCCGCAACGGCUCGGCCAUCACCUGCUGCGACGAGGAGUUCCUUACGAACCCGACCAAAAGGCACUUCGCCUGCAUGCCCAUCGACCUGGAUGCCAACGAUCACUUCUACUCAGAGUUCAACCUCAGGUGCAUCGAGUUUGUACGCUCCGUGCCGGCGCCCCGACCACAGUGCACGUUCGGACCUCGUGAACAGUUGAACCAGCUGACUGCUUACAUGGACUCCUCCAACAUCUACGGCUCGACGGAAGAAGAAGCCAAGUCCCUGCGGAGCUUCAGGGACGGUCGGCUGGCGUCCACGUUCUUCAGCAGGGACGAGCUGCUGCCUCGUCAAACAGAUGGCACGCAGGAGUGCAACGAACAAGGGACCGACUUCGUUUGCUUCAGGGCAGGAGACGAGCGCGUGAACGAGCAGGUGAGCCUGACGGCGAUGCACACGCUGUGGCUACGAGAGCACAACCGGGUCGCCGGAGAGCUGCACCGCCUCAACCCGGGCUGGAAGGACGAGAUCCUGUACCAGGAGGCCAGGAGGAUCGUUGCCGCAGAGUUCCAGCACAUCUGCUUCAACGAGUUUCUGCCACUGCUCCUGGGUCGCAAAGUGAUGGAACAGUUCGACCUGCUGCUUACGCCGUACGGUUACAGCCAUAGCUACGAUCCCAAUCUGAACGCCGGCAUCGGCAACGUGUUCGCCACCGCUGCAUACAGAUACGGGCACACCCUCGUGCAGGGCAACAUCGAGCUGAUCAACGAGGACGGAUCCGUGCACAAGCGGAUACCGCUGGCGGCCCAGUUCUUCAAUCCGAACGAGAUCUAUCACCCGGGCAACCUGGAUCGCUUCUUCAGGGGCCUGAUCACGCAGCCUGCACAGACCUACGAUCGCUUCGUCACGCAACAACUGACUAACCACCUGUACGAGCCCAUCGGCCAGGGCUUCGGUAUGGACCUGGUGGCGUUGAACAUCCAGCGGGGCCGAGACCACGGCAUCCCCAGCUACAACGACUGGCGGGAACACUGCGGCAUGCCCAGGAUUACGGACUUCGCCCAGCUGGCCGACAUCAUGACGCCGGAGUCCGCCAAGGCCUUCGCACAAGUCUACAAGUACCCCGACGACAUCGACUUGUUCCCGGCUGGCGUGAACGAGAAAUCGGUGCCCGGCGGCACGCUAGGACCCACCUUCGCCUGUCUCGUGGCCGAGCAGUUCCGACGGAUGAAGAACGGCGACCGCUUCUGGUACGAGAACGGAGGGCUCGAGUCGUCCUUCAACGAAGUUCAAAUCGAGGAAAUUCGAAAGGCCAGCCUGGCGCGGGUUAUCUGCGACAACUCCAACCUGAACUACGUUCAGCCUCUGGUCAUGAUCAGAGAAGCGCAGUGGAACCCGAAGGUGGAUUGCAAUGGCGAAGACAUCCCGAGAGUGAGCUUGGACAACUGGCAGAACGAGCCGGUCUGGACGUAGGGCCACCGACUCCCGCGGGGGGAACUUUUAUUUGUUGUGUUCCCCAAUGUUCCCUGGCAUUACUCCCCUACCCCACGAUGUUGUUCACUUGCCGCGUUUUUUCCUCGUUGCUUUCUUGUUGCACGCAUGUGACGAUGCCCCGCGAUAUCCGUUUCAUUAAAGGUCACACGAGCGCACGUGCGCUUCAUUCUUUCA